AUGUUGUACAAGGCGGUCCUCAAUCUCCCUUGUUUACCAUCAGACUAUUUUACAUUAAGGAAUCACCCCAACUACAUUAUUGUGCCAACUCAUCUUAAUCACUACCCCGUUGGUUACACGCCAAGUUCGUUGGACUUUCUAAAAUACAACCGUAACAUUGACGUACAUCCGAUCUCAAGAUGGACUAUCGCUCAAACAUAUUUGGCAAUAAAUGAUUUGGUGCCAAAUUUUUUGCCAUGUUUGUUCGAGGUGACGCAAAGUUCGUUGAACUUCCUAAAAUACAACCGUAACAUUGACGCACAUCCGAUCUCAAGAUGGACUAUCGCUCAAAUAGAUUUGGCAAUAAAUGAUUUGGUGCCAAAUUUUUUGCCAUGUUUGUUCGAGGUGACGCAAAGUUCGUUGGACUUCCUAAAAUACAACCGUAACAUUGACGUACAUCCGGUGACGCAAAGUUCGUUGGACUUCCUAAAAUACAACCGUAACAUUGACGCACAUCCAGUGAUGCAAACUCAUGUCAUAAUCAUACACGGAUACAGUGAUACAGGGAAAUGGUAA